AUGAAGAAUAUAUAAAAUUUCAUUUUAAAUGGAAAGCAAUUUCUUAUUGAUAGGUAUUCUAUUCACACAUCUGAAUAAGUAAAUAUAAUAUUUUUAUUUAGGCACUUAAAACUUAUUAAAAAUAAUAAUAUAAAGAAAAUAAUUUCUUAUUGUUAAUAUUGGAAUCCUUAUAAGUACAUUCAAAUAAAGUAGCAUGAAUUUCUUUUUUUCUUAUAUCUGGAUAAAAAAAUGAAUUGAUUUAAUAUUUUUUGGAAAACAAUCCAAUAAAAAAUUAGAUCAUUUAAGAUGAUGAAAAUCCAAACAACUUUUUCCAAUUAAUAUUUUCAGUAUUAAAUGAUGAUAAAGAUACUAGCAAAGUGCUCAUAUAAAAUGGAGCUAACAUACAUUAAGCACAUCAGGAAUUUAAUAACAUAACUUAUCUUUGUUCUUUUUUUAAUAAAAUACAAAGCCUUAAAUUAUUGUAUAAAAAAGUUUAAAGUAUGAACAAUAAAAUGAAAGAGGUGAUACUCCUUUGCAUUUAGCAUCAAUUUCAGGUUAAUGUGAAAUAAUAAAGUUACUUUUGUAUUUGAAAUUUAAUGUUGAUGUUGAAAAUAAAGAGCAUCUCAACCUAUCCAGAAUCUGUUUUGUUUAGUUAACUUAAUGUAUUUAAAAUUCUAUGUAAAUACUAUUAAGGAAUUCGAAAAAUCAUAAUCCCCUCAAAUUUUGUUCACUUUUAUUCUAUUUUUGA